AUGACUGAAGAAAAAGUGGAAGAAAAGUUCAAGCCGUUCCAACUUGUUCUUUUACCCGUAUUGGCAAGAGAGAAAGCAUUGAAGUUUCUGGAUCCAAUUGAUUUAUUCGAAAUAUCCCUUUGCUCUAAACGAAUGACCAGUUAUGUUCGAGCUCUCCGUAUCCAAGCCAGACAUCAUUCGCUCAUUUUGGCUGCUGGACAAUUCAGUGUUAGUGUACACUUUCAACGAAAACGACCUCUUUUCUGGGAUUUCAACAGCUUCUUCUCGAGAGAAAAUAUGACUGACACAAGAACAAUUGGAGGUAUUAAGUUCGAUAGUUGUGAGAGAUCCAUUCGUAAUACGUUAUCAAUCGACGAAUUCUACUGCGAGUACCCUGAAAAAGAAAUUGGAGUCACAACUGUUUCAAAGCAUUUCCAAACAAUAUUCCACGGCCCUCUCGAUAUUGUUGUGGCCCCAUACUUCCAUGAAAAAUAUCACAUUCUAUUUUCUGAAUUCAAAAAGUGUCAGGAGCUGGAAAUUUGUGGGACACCUGUGCCGAGUUUGGAGGCAAUGCAAAGAAUAUUCGGAGAAAUGAAAGUUACAAACAAGCUCGUCCUCCGACCUGAAACGGUUGAUGAAUAUAUUAUUGAAACGGCACUCGAUGUGGAAGAGCUUAAUUUACGAAGUGCCACAUGGAUGAAACGAGAACAUCUUCUUCGACUAAACUGCAAAUCUGUUCAAAUAUUCCGCACAAAUUUCACCUCUGAAGACCUCGAAGCAUUUGCUGAAAACUGGAUGAGAAACAAAAAGUCGGUUAUCGAGAGAAUCCGGUUCGAUUGGAAUUCAGGAAGAGUCUUCCGAUUUCAUAUGUUGAAUGCAGAAAGUUGGGAUUCAAAGAAGAGAGAAAUGAACUAUAUGUAUGAAAAUGAUAGAGGUGUCUUAGUAAGAAUCGACUGUUCGGAAGGAUUUGAUAUGGAAAGAGAUGAUGGAUUGAUAGGAACUUUUGUGUUGGAGACAGUGGAUAAUACUCAAUAUUUACAUUUCUUGGUUUGGAGAGAGAGAUUUCCGGAGAGGAAGAGAAUAGAGGAGCUGCCAGCCAAACUUGCUCCGUUCUAUAAACAAUUGGUGACAAUCAACAAAAAUCAUCCAGAUGCCACGUCAUUCGAAAGACUACUGUCGAAUCCUGAUUUGACUCCUACUGAAUUCAUGGAAACGUAUCGGAUAUUGAGGAAUAUGGAUGCUGAAAAUACAGGCGACAGUCUGGGAAAACAAAGUAGACGAUAUGUUUUUAAUCAGAUGAAAGAAACUAUUGUGGCAUAG